CGUCAGUUCGCGUUCGGUCGCCGUUCACUUCGUGUCGUUAAAGGUUUUCGAUUUGACUUUAGAACUUUCGUCUCGAGAAUCGCGAACUUUUAUCAAACUUUUUUUGCUUGCUGUUUGUUAGACAUUGGAGGAAUUAGCAGGAUUAUUACUGUGUGAAAAGGCAAGUUUAAGUUGGAAAAACACGUGUGGGGUGUGUUGGCAGUGUUUUGUGGUCACAGGUGUCGCAUUCCAGCGGGGACGCCGACGCAGCCUCCGUGGUCCGACUGUACCUACUAGGCUACUACCUACCUAACUCCGUAGUUGUUAACCUACUCUGCCGAGUACCGUGGCUGGUGGACUAAAAUUUAGGUACCUGCCUAUUAAAUAACAAAUUAAAAAUGGCACUACGGUUAUGAAAAACAAAUCAUAUUCAGAUGGCGCACUGGAACGGAUGAUUUAAGGAAUGCAAGCACCUCGGAGUAAUUAUUGCUGCUGAGAUGGCGCGGUGGGGCGCGCUUAUCCAGCACACAACGAUUUGGCUUCUCGUGUCUCUAUUGCCGAUAGCAUGGGCAACUCCAGGACCGUGCGAAGUAGAGACUGGGCAGUCCAGCAUCAUAGUCGACAUAGAAGAGAGUCGAGGGGAUCAAGUCAACCAAACAACAGUACCAGAAGUGCUGCCGAUAGUCGGCGAACCCGACGUGGACGUGGUGCUGUCGACUGUGUUUCCAAAAGGCCCUACUUUGUUCCAACUCGAUGGGAAACGACUGCAGCUACUCCAGCCUCUGGACAGGGAUGCUGACAACUUAUCGCAUAUGGUAUUCCAGCUGGUCUGUCAAGUGAAAGCGACGAAAAAGCGACGGACGAUACCCGUGAUUGUGAGAGUGUCGGACAUUAAUGAUAAUGCCCCCGUGUUCCAAGGCACGCCCUAUGAAGCCGCUAUAUCUGAGCUGGUGCCAAUCGGUACUACAAUAUUCGACGGAAUUCGAGCGGUGGACAUCGAUGCUGGUGUCAACGGUCUCUCCGAAUAUUUUGUGAUACCAGGAGACAAUAGCACGUUGGAUGAAGCCAAAGCGGUAGACGGCUACGGGUACUUCACCAUACCCGUACCUCACCAGGGGCAAGUCACUGUCAACAGGAGUUUGGAUUACGAACGCACGCAGAAAUAUCUAGUCACUAUUGUCGCUUCUGAUCGUGCACGUGAUACAAAACGACGGUUGUCAAGUACUACAACGCUUACUGUGAACGUAAAGGACGACGAUGACCAGGAUCCUUCCUUUAUUUACAAGGGUUGCACUAUGCACGAUGGCGCUUGCAUCAAUCCGGAAUAUACUAGUUAUGUAAACGGCGGAGUUCUAGCAGGUAUUCUAACAAUAGAGCCAGAAAAAAUUCAAGCUGUGGAUAUGGAUACGUUGGAUGCUCGCAUCAAAUACAGCAUAGAGAGCGGCGAACCGGAGUCCUGGGCUACAUACUUCGAUAUAGAUGAGAAUACAGGGGCUGUUAGACAACUUGUACCUGUGGAUACUAGUAUAGCUAAGAAGUUCCAGUUGAUAGUCAAGGCCGAAGAAAUAUCAGAAGCGAAACGUUUUACAACAGCGAAGUUAACCAUCACUGUUCGCCCAGUGGACGCUAGCCCGCCCGUAGUAGAGGCAUCGACAGACGAAGGCCAAGUGGAAGAGAACUCACCGAAGGGAACAAGGGUGCUCGAUAUACAAGGACAUCCCAUAAAAUUGAGCGUUUCUGAUCCCGAUUUGGGCCCAGGAGAUCCCGUACCAAAAUAUACGUUCGAGUUGACGACGAAUUUCUUCGAUAUUGAUAAAGAUGGCUACCUCGUUGUGGCUGACGAUACAUUGGACCGUGACCCUCCGAAUCCGGGCAAAUUCAGGUUCCAAGUAGUUGCUCGGGAAGUAAACGGCGGCGCGGCCUCAGCACCGUACUCCUUGCUAGUGAAGCUUCUGGACCAGAACGACAACGCGCCAGUUAUACCAAAGACUCAGCCCAUCACUGUACCUGCUAGUUUAGAGCCUACUGCUGUUUACAAGGUGGAAGCGACGGACAUAGACGAGGGUGAGAAUGCGCGCAUUUCGUACAGCAUCUACCACGUGUCUAACAACGGAGGCAAUAAGUUCACUAUUGACCCCACCACUGGUGUGAUAUCAAGUACAGGCCGUCUACAAGCGGGCGAACAAUACAGCGUCACAAUCAGAGCAACAGACGCCAAGGGGUUGAGUUCUCAAGGGAUAGUAGAGUUAAUGGUAGCGCCAGGCCCCAACACGCGACCCCCACAGUUCUCCUCGAGGGAUUACUACGCGCCGGUAUCAGAGGGCGCUGCGAUCAAUUCCACGGUUACCACUGUUACUGCCAAAGAUCCAGAAAACGAGCCUGUGACAUAUUCCAUCGCAUCAGGGAACGAUCUUCGUCAAUUCGCCAUCGGCUCCAACACCGGCAUCAUUACAGUCAUAAGGCACCUUGACAGAGAAGUCCUCACGAGAUAUCAGCUGAUGAUCAGAGCCGAGGAUCCGGGCAAGUUGUCGACGACUGCCACCGUCAAUAUCAAAGUUACCGAUAUCAACGAUAAUAAUCCAAAGUUCGAUGAAGAUUCCUAUAUGUUCCAUGUCAAAGAAGGUAUAUCAGGCGAAUUCGUGGGCUACGUCCACGCGACGGACAUAGACGAGGGAGUGAACGCAAUGGUCACUUACAGCAUUCCCACCCACCUUCCCUUCAGCAUCGACAACGCGACCGGCAUGAUAAGCACCAACACUGAGCUGGACUAUGAGGAUACUAAGGACUACGCGUUUGUGGUAACGGCAACAGAUGGAGCGAUAGACAAGCGGUUGGGCACCGCAUCGGUCACCGUGCAAGUGGAAGAUGUACCGGACGAGCCGCCCAUAUUCGCGAAGACGCUAUACUCCGUGCAUGUGCCUGAAAAUGCACCCAACUACCCUGUUGUUAAAGUGCUUGCGGACGACCCAGACACGAUGCCCGAAAUCACGUACACAAUAAUCAAGGGAGACACCGAUCUCUUCUCAAUAGACCGCAAGUCUGGCUUGAUAAGGACACUACAACCGUUAGACAGAGAGACCAGCGCACGGUACGAGUUGGUUGUUGGUACUGAGGAGAAUAACCAGCAGGGCAGCAAAGCUACUACUACUGUGGAAGUACUGGUUGAUGACAAAAACGACAACGCACCGAUCUUCACCUCGGCCGUACGCCCCGUAACAGUAGAAGACACGUCUUCAAUCGGCAGUUUGGUAGAGACCGUAGUAGCAAUGGACGCGGACGCCACGGCGCCUAACAACCGCAUCAGAUACGCGUUGGCUGGAAGGGGGAAAGCUUCCAAAUACUUCCAUGUGGAGCCUGAUACUGGAGCUGUCAAAGUUAGGGACGAUCUGAGGAAGGAAACUGACAGCGAAUAUACUGUGGACAUUCAAGCAUACGAUCAAGGCGACCCUGUAAUGUCUUCAGUGAUGAGUCUUACAGUUUACGUGAGCCAUUCAGCUACGGUACCUCCUGAUGUGCGUCUUGGGUUCCCCGAUACAGUGUAUACAGAACACGUGGCAGAAAACUCCCAAAACGGAACUCUUGUGAGAACAUUGCCUAUCUGGAACAAGAGCAAACAUUCCAGAGACACUCCUCUUAAGUGUCUACUCACUGAUACCACGAAGAAAGGCAUAUUCUACGUAAAGCUUACCGAAGAAAGGGACUGCGCAAUCUACCUCAACGGUUCAUUAGACUACGAGACGCUCACCGAAUACUCGCUAGAAGUCCAACUUGAGUCCAUACAGGGUCUAAUAAACCCCGAAGGGAACAAAGCAGUGAUCAAAGUCCACGUAACAGACGUGAAUGAUAACGCACCAGUGUUUAUAUUCCCCGAGCAAUCGACGAUAGUUGGGGCUAAAGGGAAAUACUUCGCAAUCGCAACCAAGGAAAUGCCUUUGGGUGCUAAUGUGUUGCAAGUGAAGGCAAAAGACAAAGAUAGCGGCGAUUUCGGUAGAAUAGAGUACCGUAAAAACGCUUGGACCAAAGCAGCUGACGAGUAUUUUACACUAGAUGCAGACACUGGAGUCAUUAGUAACGUCAAAACAUUCGAGAAUGUUCCCAAAGAUGUUCUACCUUUCAAGUUCAAUGUGAUGGCAAGGGACAACCCUAAAGGAGAAGAUUAUAAGACGGCCAGAGCUGCUGUUGUGAUAAAUCUCUUACAAAAAGACAACCAAUUAAUAAUAGAAGUAGCAGAUCUAAACGUAAACGCAAUGACUCCACUAAAGGCCCGUAACGUCCUCGCCGCUAUUGAAGAGAAAACUGGUUUAGUAGCUGGCUUGGAGAAGUUAACCUCAAGGCUAUAUUUGGGAGAGAAUGGGACUUUGGAAAGUGAUUCCAGAGGCACUAAUGUAUGGUUGUAUUUACUCGAUCCGAACACUGGGGAGAUUUUGACGAGAGAAUCGCAGCCGGUGCAAAAAGCAAUAGAGAAAGGUGUAGCAGUGAAAGCCCCCCUAAUGCCGGCGGAGCAGCCCCGCAGGCCUCAGAUCGCGGCCGCGCCCCUCACUACGGCUUUGCCCGCGGCGUUGCUUGCUUUGGCCGCUUUAGUCUUGGUCGCUGCCACUGCCGCUACCAUCUACAUUUGCGCGUCUUGGAACAGGUACAAGAAGCACAAAGAGCAAGCGCUGCAACAGUACGGCACGCUGAGCGUGAGCAUGGCGCCGCCGCGGCCGCCCUCCGGCUACGAGUCCAGCGAGGACGAGCCCGCGCCAAGAUACGAGACGCAGGUAUGGGGGGUUUUGAACAUGGCUGUGGAUGAUGCAGAUUUGCAGCUAGACUUCAGCCCUAAUAACCACGCUUUUAAUUUUCACAAUGUUCAGUAUUUAUCCAAAGAUAACGGUGAGAGGAGUCCCACGAUCUCUGAAACGGCGACAACAGCGCGCGCUUCAAGCGUCAACGAAAACGGUGGCACUUUGAACAAAGUCCACAACCAGAACUUCGACAGUCUCGCCAACAACACGUCCACUGCGCGCAACACACAGACGCUCAACCGACGAGUGCCAAACAACCACGCAUUGAAUAAUGCACUUGGCACGUUGCCGCGAGUCAAUAAUAACAGCUUGGGCCAUGGGUUGCUAGCCGCGACUCUUGGUAGGAAGGUCAACAGUGGGAACCAUAAGAAGAAAGCGUCGCAGCCCAUUAUGGCCUACGAUGAGAUUCCAGGAUUGCAAAGGUCUACGGACAACGACAACGUCAUAUUCGGGAAGCGAAACUUUUCCGGAUUCUCGUACGAACAAUCGCCCGUGGAAACUACCACAGAACUUUAGUUCACCACCAAAAAUAAUUAACAAUAAGACAUUAUGAAAUAUUGUGAAGUGAAAAGUGUAAAAAGUCAAUCUCAGCCUUAAAAUACUAGACUGUAAAGUGUUUGUGUUCAACGAAAUGUAUUUUAAUUUAAUAUAUUAAAUAAUGUACGACUGAAUAAAUGCUUCAAAAAAUAGGUAUACUUGUUUAAUGUAAUGUUAGACUAUUAACGUAUCUAGAUAGACUUCUAUUGUUGGAAACUAAUGGUUAUGAUAACAAACUUGAGAGCUUUCGUAUGAAGACUGAAGAAAUGGCAGUUUAAUAGUUACUUAUAAGGCCGCGAUUAUACCUGUAAGUUUUACUCAAGUAAGUAGCUUACAUGAUUAACUUACUAUUGUGUAUAUAGCACAGUCAAUUUUUCUAAGUUCAAAAUGUAAAUGGUUAUAAAGCUACGGCCACACCUGCGCGUCUUGAACACCAUUUAUCAGUAUAAAUCAAAUCAAAUUCAAAUAUAUGGAUCUAUCUAGAAACAUUUAAUGGUCUGAGAAUGUGAAUAACGAAUUUUUAGAUAACUUUAUACAUUUGUAAUUACUUAGCGAGGGCUAGUCUUAUUAAAUGAACAAAUUGUGCAUAAUAAUAUAAACACUUUGUAAAUAAUAGAGGCAUUACGUGUAGUGUAUAUUUUUGUAGGUACGUACCUGAGUUUUAAAAACAGGUACAAAAUAUUUUGUACAGAUCUUUUAUAAUUAUUAACUAAUAAAAUUAUAUUACUUAGUGGAGAUAAUGUGGCGCGAUGUGCCAUCGUAUAUUAAGCUAGGCUUACAUUACGCUAUUUCUCGUAGACUAAUUAAGUACAGGCCACAGCCCUAUUUGGUUUGGUUUUACACAAACUAAACUUACGUCCAUUUUCGACAUUCAAUCUAUCUGUAAUCAUUCACUGUAUAAUAUGUGUUUUUGACAAAUGACAACGUUGCUAAGUAACUCUUCUACAGAUUACAGAUAGAUUAAAUAUUGAAAACUAAUGUAAAUUGACAGAUCUAAAAGUUUCUCGGGAAAAAUGCUGAUUUAAAAUGUUAUAUACGACACUAUGUUACGAUAUACUCAAACGAAAGUUAAAAUUUUAAGCUUACACUUUAUAAAAUUGAAUGAAUUCGGAAUAGCAUAAUUUUUUUUUAUCUGCUUGGACUACCUGUCUAAUGAACUGAACAAACCUUUUGAUUAUUUUUUAAAAAUAAUAAUAUAAUGUGUCUGCUUCUGUUAAGACUAAAGAAUUAAAUGACAUGACUACAUCAAUAAAAACUCACAAUGUAAGCGUAUUGUAACCUCAGCUUAAUAUUUUUUACGUGAAGUCUAACCAUUUGUAGGUACCUACUCUAUCAAAAAUAGACCUUGAAAUUUGUCCAUUUUUAAAGCAUGAAGGAAUAAGCUAUAACUACUUAGAAUGAUCCGAGCACUCGUUAAAUAUUAACACAAACUUAACCAUUCCCAAAACGUGCAUCUUCGUUAUGCUUAACAUAAAAAUGUUACAUAUACCUACUUGCCAAAAUAAUAUGUGAAUUUAAUAUUUUAAUGAGAGUUAUGUUAAGGUGAUUGUAUUGGUCGAUACAUUCAAAUUGUACCUUCAACUGGAUGAUAAUAUAUUAUGUAUUGAAAAAAACAUUACCCUCGUGGGAAGACCCUUAUAUGUUUGAUGUUAGAGAUGAACAAAAAAAUUGUAAUACAAAGUAGAUCUAUAUUUUCUUAAAUUUUUCAAAAUGCUGAGACCUACAUGAUAUUAUUUUUAUUACAAACUUUAGUUUUCUCUUUCGUCACCUUUUAUUUGUGGUGUAAUAAUAACAUACAAAAGUACUAAGCCGUGUUCAAACCAAUAAAAAGCGUAGUGUGUUGGAACGCUGCAACCAUCGUAAUUAUUUUUCGCCGAACAUGACGCGGCGUUGAACACAAGCUUUUGUUGGUGUGAACGCGCGUUUAUACUUCCUAUAAAAUCAACUAUUAUCAACUAUUACAUUUGCUCGUACACUUUUUCUAUCUUUAAGAGAAAAAUGCCUGUACUUAUUUUUUUCUCUUUUUUGCUAAAAUAUGAGGUCUCUGUUUUGAAUCUACGUAUUUGAUGAGUGUGUAUGAAUUUUGUGCCAGUUACUAUAAUUCCUUAGUUAUAGAACUUGUGGUAGUAAAAAAAAUUGUUCUAAUUCCUAGCAUAAUAAAAAAAAAUGCUCAUUUUUUUAAUAUAAAAAUAAUAUUAUUAAUAAAUAAGAUAAAUGAUCAGAAUCAAGUGAUUUGUGCCAAACGAUUUUUUAUUGAAACAAUCUUUUAACUAUCUUCUGUAUUUAUGAAUUGGUUCUAAUGUUACCUUUCUUUUUGUAUGAUACUGUGUACAUUUUAUAUAUAUUUUUGUUCUCUGUAAAGAAACAACUAUGGUUUUAUUUAUACUUAAGAUUGUUUAGUAAAUUUUUGGAAUAAAUUAAUUUUUAUUA